UUGGGGGGUGGUUUGGAGGCGAUUCGAUUCAUUUCCUACAAACAGACCCAUCUCCCGUCCCGACCCCACCCCGCAGACCAUCUAAGGAGAUGUAAAGUGAACUUCUGCACCCGGAGAGUUUGCUCUCUGGUACUCUCCCGGGGAAAGGCAGAAGGAGCAGACGGAAACACCGGGGAGGCGAGCGCUGCACGGAUCAGCCGGGAGGCUUCCACCACCGACGGUCGGAAGGCGCCCAGCCAGGAUGGGGCAGAAAUUCACGACGAACCUGUCCUCGUUCCUCUUCGAGUAUGACACCCCGCGGAUGGUCCUAGUGCGUAAUAAAAAAGUGGGCCUGACCUUCCGACUCAUCCAGCUGGUGGUCCUCGCGUACAUCAUAGGAUGGGUGUUCCUUUACGAGAAAGGGUACCAGUCAAAGGACGGUAUCAUCAGCUCCGUCUCGGUGAAACUCAAAGGCUUCACGCUGACCAAUUCCAGUGAGAUGGGACCCCACAUAUGGGACGUGGCCGAUUAUGUGUUCCCGCCCCAGGGGGACAGUUCCUUCGUGGUGAUGACCAACUUCAUUAUCACCCGCGGUCAGAAACAGGAAGCGUGCCCGGAGAACCCGGAGGCAGGGAAGUGUGAUGAAGACGGGGCAUGCACUGAAGGGAAAUUCCUUCGUCGGGGUCAAGGGAUCAUGACCGGGAGGUGCGUGAAUUUUAGCCGUACGGCGAAGACCUGCGAAAUCUUUGGCUGGUGCCCAGUGGAGAUUGAUGACAAAGUUCCAAAACCACCGCUGCUUCUAGCAGCCGAAAACUUCACCUUAUUUAUUAAGAACAGCAUCACUUUCCCCAAGUUCAAAGUUGCCAGGCGCAACCUUGUGGAGAGAGUCACCAAGGCCUACCUGAAAAACUGCACCUAUCACAAAGUCAGAGAUCCGCUGUGCCCCGUGUUUGAACUGGGAUACGUGGUGAAGGAAUCCGGCCAGGAUUUUCCCUUGGUCGCUGAGAAGGGUGGUGUCGUCGGCGUCACCAUCAGUUGGGACUGUGACCUUGACUGGCCAGUGAGACACUGCGUCCCCGUUUACAACUUUCAUCGGCUCUACAGUGAAAGCAAUAACAUCUCACCUGGUUUCAACUUCAGGUAUGCCAGGUAUUACAGAGAAAACGGGAGAGACCUGCGGACUCUGUACAAGGUCUUCGGCAUCCGCUUCGACAUUCUCGUGAGCGGAAAGGCAGGGAAAUUCGACAUCAUUCCAACAAUGACGACCAUCGGUUCUGGGAUAGGCAUCUUUGGGGUGGCCUCCGUGCUCUGCGAUGUACUCCUGCUGAACUUCCUUUCCAACCGGGACUACUACAAGCAGAAGAAAUUCAAGCAGGCCGAGGCGAACUCAAUCAAGCCUGAACAAGAAGAUGCUGUCAGUUCCUUUACGUGUGAUUGAGGAGGGAAGGAAAAGGCUUUCUCAAUGAAAUGGAUUCACACACCCAACACAAACCCUCCCUACUCUUCCUUCUUGAAUAAGCCAAUGACCCUGGAGUUGAACCAACCUAUGCCUGAGCAAAGAGCUGUGGAGUUUGCCUCCUUACCCAUUUACUUCCCAUCCUUUCUAGGGACGAGGGGAAAGGUGGUUUGACAGAAUCCUUCAACGUUUUCAGCCCAGAGCAUCAGAAUGACAGUGCGCGGUUUAGGAGUCCCUUCAAGUGAUGGCUGAAGCUAUGGUUUGCUUCUGUGUAAAUCACGAGAUGGGGGCCGUCACGGGUGCAAUUGUGACAGGCUUCUGGCUUCCCGGUUGUGUGCCAAGCGGAACCUGAAAACGCGUGCCAAUACCAGUGCA